UAAAGGUACACACUAUCUGUAUAUUUAUUUAAAAAUAGGUUUUUAUUUAUAAUGUCAGAAAAAAAUCCCUAAAAAUAAUGUUUUUUUCAAAAAAUUAAAAAUUAACAGAAUACGAUUUUUAUAAAAAUUAAAAAUUUGUACCUAAUAUUGAGUAUUUCCACCUCUACUACGAAUGACAGCCUCACAUCUUCUGUUUAUACUCAAAAUUAGGGUUCGAAUUUCAUUUUGGUCAAAAUUCUCCCAAAUGUCCAGUAGAAGGCGCUCUACAUCCUCUAAGUUAUUCGAAAGGUUUGGAUGGUCCCUUAAACGUCUCCCAAGAAUGUCCCAGAUGUGUUCUAUAGGGUUAAGGUCUGGACUGCGAGCUGGCCAGGCCAUAGCAUUAAUCCCAACGGCAGGAAGAUAAUUUCGGACUACCUGGGCAGUAUGUGGUCGUGCUUUAUCCUGCAUUAGUAAAAAAAUUGGACCUAUAAAAGGGGCAUAUGGCACAACAUGUUUUUCCAGAAUGUUCAAAAUGUAACGCUCAGCAUUAAGGUUGCCAUUAUUUAUCACCACUAAGUCGGUACGUGCUGUUAAAGAAAUACCUCCCACACCAUAAUUGAGCCCCCACCAAAUAAGGUCGUAUUAAGGAAGUUACAUUGGACAUAUCUUUCAUUUGGCCGUCGAAACACUCUAACGCGUCUAUCACAUGUGUAUAGACAAAAUCUAGACUCAUCUGUAAACAGAACUCGUUCUCAAUCCGCUGUUACCCAGUUGACGUGCUCUCUAGCAAAAUUUAGCCGGGCUCUGCGAUGAUCCACGGUUAAGAGCGGGCCUCGUGCAGGAAUUCGGGGUUGCAAAUUAUCUUCCCUAAGUCGUUGUCGAAUGGUUUCAAUACUUAUUCGAACCCCUUCUACGUUUUCCAACUGAGACUGCAACAUUCUUGUAGUCACAAACCGUUGUCUCAAAGUUAAAAGUCUUAAAAAACGAUCUUGAGCAGGAGUCGUAGCACGAUUUCUACCCUGACCUGGUCUCCUAGUAUGGCCACCAGUCUCCAUGUACCAUUGAUACAUACGAGAAAUGGAUGUAUGGGAUACACCAAACCUUUCAGCUAUUCUGCGGAAACUCCAACCUUCUUGCACUAAAACAACCACUUCUUGGGCACACUCAUCGCGAGUUAAAUUUCUUGAUUGCCGUUGCAUCUUGACAAUAAGUGAAAAUUAAAAAGUAAAUAGAGAUGAUAAAUGAAGUCUAACAAAACUGCGAGGCGCGGCGAUACUUCAACCUGAUGUAGUAAUUUACCAGAAUUGGUAUAUUCGACAUAACAAAAAAACUAAACAUCUUAUAAAAACGUUUACACACUUUUUAAUAGUCAUAUACGAGGGUGUUUCAAAAUUAAUAUAAACAUUGUACUAUUUACUUUGAUAGAAAAUUUUAUUUACAAAAUAAUAAGUGGUGCGUUAAUUUCUUGGAGUAGUGUAUUUGUCAUUGAUAUUUGUUCUAUGCAUAUAAUGGCGUGUGGCAAGAGGUAAGUUUAAUUUUAAUUGUACUUUAUAUUAUAUUAUUCAAAUACAUAUAUAAAAUCUGAUUAUGAAAUUUUCUUUUAGUAGUUAUGACUGGUCAAGGGAUGCAACAAGCUGUCUCAUCCAGUUAUAUGAGCAGCAUCCCUGCUUGUAUUUACCCACCCAUAAAGAAUACCACAACAGAAAUACAAGAAAUAAGGCUCUACGAAGCAUUACUUUUGAAUUUAAUAAAAAAAAUUCAACAGAUGUUACUGCAGAUGAAUUAAAGAAAAAAAUUCACGGUGUGAGAACUCAGUUUUUGUCUGAGCGGCAGAAAAUUAAGAAAAGUGAAGUUUCGGGAGCUUCACUAGAUGAGAUUUAUAAACCAAAACUGUGGUGUUUUGACCAAUUAGGUUUUCUGCAACAAGGAUCAGAAUUAGUUAGUACAGGGGAAUCUAAUUUGACAAUUCCCUUACAAACUUGCAGUAACUCAGAUUUGGUAGAGUAUGAGUCCGACAGUGAAAUUGUAUUCGAUGGAGAUGUUGAGGAUCUACCUGAAAGCAAUAUUUUUUUACCUCCUGAAAGAGCGAGUAGUAGUAGGUCAGGGAGUUCUUAUACACCCAAAGUAGAUCGACGUACCAAAAAAAGGAAGCGGGGGGAUUCUGAAGAUAUCAGUGGGCUGUUAACUCAUGCAGUGACAGCCCUUGAAAAUAUCAAUAAAAAUGACCCUACUAUUACUACAGUAUCUCCACAAAGUGCCUUUGAAAGUUAUGUAGCAGAAGAACUAAACAGCAUCCAGGACGAAGAUAUCCUGGAUGAAAUAAAGGAAGGCAUAAUUCAGUUUAUUUUUGACGGCAAAAGAAAGCAAAGAGAAAGAAAUAAAGAAAAUACUUAUUAAAGUUAAAACAAAUUAUAUUUAAAUAAUAUAAAUAUAUUUUUAUUAUUUAAUGACUAUAUAUUUUAUGAAUAACCUACCUACAUUAGGGUGUCCAUUAUUUACCAAGUUGAUUUUUAUCAAACAGCACACCUUAAAUUUUUAUAUAUAGCCAAAAAGAGUUCAUAAUAUUUAUAUUAAACCUUGCCAUACAAACAAUACAUUUUCCAUUUAAAUAACUUGUGAGUUUUCUAUCCAUAUUUAUUUGUUCAAUAUAAAAAAAUUAAAUUUUAAAAGUAAAAAAAAUUAGAGAAGUGCAUCAUGUUUUUGGCAAGGUUUAAUUUUUUUGUUUUGUUUUAUAAUUUGUUCAGUGUAAAAACUAAACAUUUAGGAGGUGCUGUUGGAAAAUAAAUCAACUUGGUAAAUAUCAGACACCCUAAUCCUACAAAUUUAAAUGGUAUAAAUCAAAAAUAAAUUAUAUAAAUCAAAUAUAAUAUAUAUCAUAUUAUGAUACAAAUCAAAACUAAAUUUAAAAAAAUUAUCAUAUUCUAUCCUAGAAAUAAUUAAUAUAAACUUGUACAUGUACAUUAAAUUGAAGCCUCUUGCCAAGGAACCCUACCACACCCAUUAAAAUAUUCCUUAAAUUCUUCUCUAAUUGCCAGAGCUUCAUUUCUUGGCCUACCGCAAUUUUGCCUGGUUAGGCCGAAAAUAAACCUAUAUCUUUGGUCAAUCUCCUCUUCAGGAUUUUGUCCCAAAUAUACAUUUUUAUUUUCGGUGCUCAAGAAAUUAUGAAGAGCGCAGCACGCUUGCGUUAUUAUUUUUGCCUUUACAGGCUUUAAUGGAAUUAUGUUUAAUAAAACCCUAAAACGAUUAGCCAAUAUACCAAAAGCAUUUUCAACUACACGACGAGCCCGGCUUAACCUGUAGUUAAAAACUCUUUGCUCCUUUGUCAUAUUCCUUAAUGGAUAUGGUUUUAAAAUAUAGGAAUAUAGGAUAUAGGAUAUAUUCCUGGUAGUGGUUUCUCCUCAGGCACAUUUAGUUUAUUUUUUUCAAGAGCUCUUGCCAAAUCACUUUCCCAAAAAACACCACCAUCAGAGAUUCUUCCAUUUAUUCCCACAUUAACAUAAGUAAAUUUAUAUGUUGCAUCCACAAGUGCCAGUAAAACAAUGCUAUGUGUUUUUUUAUAAUUAAAAAAAGCAGAUCCUUGCUCGGUUGGUGCUUUAAUGCAAAUAUGCUUCCCAUCCAGCGCUCCUAUAACAUUGGGUGCAUUCCACAAAUAUUCAAAAUUCCUGGAAAUCUCCAACCA